AUGGUUCUACUAUGCUGUCUGAAUGACUGCUCGUCCCGUUCCGUCUCGUCUCGUCAAUCCAGGGGGCUGACAACUUCACUUCGACUUGUCUUCAUAUCCACUACCGAAUCGCCCAACCUAACAAUCAUCAUGUCCGCAGAACCUUAUGACCCAUACAUCCCGGCUGGAAGUUCCGCUCCUGCCCUAGGAGGAGCAGGUGGGCAAGGUGGUACAGGUGGUGGUCAACAGAAUAAGAAGAUCGCCGCUAUCCAACAACAAAUUGAUGAGACGGUCAACACGAUGCACGAUAAUAUCCAAAGAGUAGCUGAGAGAGGAGAGAGAUUGGAUGCUCUGCAAGACAAGACUGAUACUCUCGCAGUCUCAGCCCAAGGGUUCAGAAGAGGUGCCAACCGAGUCCGCAAACAAAUGUGGUGGAAGGACAUGAAGAUGAGAAUCAUCAUCGGUGUAGGUAUAGCGGUAUUAAUCAUCAUCAUUGUCGUUCCUAUCGUCAAAGCGUGA